AUGGAAGAUACAAUUUCCGAUCCAAGAUAUCCCUAUGCUGUGGGAAUGACACUUGAAGCAAUUAUUAUAAAAUCAGCUGAUGAAGGAUGGAAUUUUACAAUGGUUGGAAGAGGAGGUACCACCACAAGUCAAGAGAAUGAAGUAUCGUUUCUUCGAAAAAAGAUGGAUAUUAAUAAAUUUGGUAUUUAUUGGUCCUUACCACUCAUUCCAAUACCUGUCACAGCACUUAAUGAUGCCGAGGCGUUUGCUACGUUGAUGAGAAGUAGUUUUGAGUCAAUGGAGAGUAAACUGUCCGAACGUACACUGUCGUCCCGGACGGAAAAUAUCAAGACUGACAAGAUGACGUUGCCAAGGUUGUUUCAAUCGAGCGACUAUAUUGUACACCCGCUGACACUCUCGAUGAAAUUGACAGUAAAUGAUGGCAAUGCCAAGUUGCCCAUUACGCAUCAUGAGCUGAGCGAGCGUGUGCUGUCGAGGCUUGGGGCACCGUGGAUGGUUGACACGAUUGAAGCCAUUGGUGAUGACGCGUGGAGCGAGUUUUUGAAGAUGAUGCCAAAACUGGCAGGAGGACGCAAGUAUACGCUAGGUUUUGUGUUUUCGGAAGCGUGGUCAGUGGCAAGAGAUCUCACGGAAGAAGAAGACGAGAUCCCAUCGGUCCUACAGUUUAAAGAAGCUUUGUCGAGCUGCAUGCAAUGGUCUUUAGAAGAGGUGGAUCGUCUGGAACACUGUAUUGUUAAGUAUCGUGAAGCUGUUGUUCACGUGAUGGAAGAGAAAAGUACGUAUGUUGAUGCACAAGCAAGUAUUGAUCACAUCACCACGUCGCUUCAUCGUCAGCAGUAUCUGAGUGCGCUUUCGUUUAUUUCAUUCUUGACGGUAAAGCGUCGUCAAGCCCGGUACCUCGAUUUGCGCCCGAGGAGAAUUCGUGUGAAAGACAACCCGAGGGCGUGGUGGAGGUAUGCAAUCAACGCAGUGCUGUUGGAUGUCCGGGAGCGUUUAGCUCAUGUGGAUUGGGCUGCACUAGAGAAUGUGCGACAGCGAAGAAAUCGUUAUAAACAACUGUGUCUUAUGUUGGAACAUGGCACUACAUUUGCGGCCACGCUCGUCUCGCCGGAAGUGCGCUUGUUAUCAAAAGAAAUGGCACGCAACGAACUGGAAGAGCUGGAACUCGUCAUGGAUGUUCAAGAAUUAGUCAAGCUUCGCCGGGCCAUGCGGAAAGAAAUUGCCGAAAAGCAAGCUCUAAACAAGUUACAAAGCCAGCGCGAAAGUGAUGUAAAGGGUGGCGGGAAGGUCGCUCACGGUUCUAGUAUUCCUGCUAGCUCGCGUCUUUGGUCGUACGCCACCUGGCUUACAGGCGCAGGAGGAUCAGCACAUAAUGGGUCUUCAGGUCAUAAUGCGGGAAGAGUGCGCGUGGAGGAUAUGAAAUGGAGUGACCAGGACACCAAAGAUCUGUACGAGGCAAUAGAUUUUCAUCCAGACAAAGAUGAUGAAAGCAGGCCGUUGGACAGUGGGGAGAUCGAAGAUGCGGCUGCACAAAAGAAGUGUUUGCUACAAGAUCACCAGCACAUUUUGUAUCGCUUUCAACUUACCCUUUGUCGAGCAAGCUUUGGAAUCAGUCUUGAAGACGUUCCUACAGAUCUUGGCAGUCUUACGUUGCGUGAUGGAGCUAGUAAAACGUUUUCUACAAAGUCGUCCUCACCAUCAUACUUGAUCGCUUCAUUAGAUGAUGUGGAGAUUCAAUUUUUAGUUCGACCGUCAUGCCUAGAAAUGGGCCUUCAAUUGCGUGACGCAUUUUUCUGCCAGGGUACCGUCCAUGACGGGUUGUCGCAAAGGAAGCGGUCAAUGAGCUCUCCUGGGACAGAUUUUUUUCUUCAGCGAAUGGACAUGGACGAAGUACUGGAGUAUCAUCCAGCUGGAGCUCGAAACCAAAUGAGCAGCGUGCGACUUCGUCAUUGUGAGAGAGAGCUGCCGUUAGUGCAGCUCAGCAUAGAAUCCGAGCACCGGCAAAAAAAUGAACCGACUUUGGACCCACAAAAAAACAAUGAAGACGAUGGGCUGGCCAAUGCAGAUGCUGCACCGGCAGCCCAUUCGCUCAGGGUGUCUUUCGUGACACAGCCAAUCAAAUGCAACGUGAACGUAAUGUUUCUUCUGGAUGUGGUGGCUGUCUUCUCUCGCCCGGUCAACGUGGAUUUAUCUGGGCUAGAGCAUAGUGCGUGGAGAAGAGCGCAAAGUCUGCAACGUUAUAGUACUGCUCAGCUGCAGAAUGCAUUGGCUCGAAGAACGACAGUCGAAAUGCGCUUAGACGUCAUAUCUCCUCUGAUCAACAUUAUCCAAUCACCAUCACCGGAAACUAGUGCCUCAUAUGGUAACGAGGUAAGUUUGUUAGUAUUUCUUGGCCAUCUGAAAGCACAAACAAAGCAUCCGAGCGAUAUUUUUGACGAAAGUGAAAGAGUGAGUGAUUUUGACCACCGUGAGAAAGACACGAUUGCGAGCCGGACGAAUGUUCUAGCCCCGUCAGAGGAAAGUCUCUAUGACGUUCUCGAGAUCAGUAUUUCUGGUAUUGAAGUGCAAGUUAUUGAUGACGAGACCAGUACCUAUGGCAAAAGAGUAUUCCGAUCUCGAUCUCACCCUAGCAAGAAGUCUGCGGGGUAUUAUUUACUCGAAAAAACGUCUUUGACGUUUAGCUUUUACAUAAGCGUCACACCGGACGACCCUAGUAUUCCUCUUAUUAAGCUAUUUGGCGGCGUCGAAAACGUAAAUCUAACUUUAUCUGCUACAAGCUUUCGCUCGUUGAUGCAAUUACUGCAUUCUUUUGGGGAAAACUUUUCAUUUCAUGCGCAACGGCGUAUGGAUAGAGACGCUGCAACGGCCGCUGACGCGAGAAACCAUCCCGCGCGCAUUGGACCUCUAGCAGCCGGUACUUUACGACGUAGCAAGCCAAGGCUUGUACGAAAGGCGUCAUCUUACAUUAUCAAGCCUGGUGGCGUUGCUUUGUCCAGUAGCGGUUCAGGUGGAGGAGCCAAUGCUGGAUCUGAGAACAGUCUUUACAUGGGCUUUGCACAAAAACAUCAACUUGAGCAACAAAAUGCAUCCCGAGAAGAGGGCAUUGAUGAUAAUGACUUGCUCAAGCUGUGGAAACGCGUGGUUUGUCAGCUCCAAUUUGGAAUAGGUGAGAUAACGCUUACGCUACAAGUUCGAGAUCUACAGAGCGGAUCGGGAAAAAUCGUACGAGCACGCGCAAUUGAUAUCAACACACGAUUGAAGAUGAGAUCGUGCGACAGGAGGGUAGACUUUGCGCUUGGUACGUUCUUGGUAGAAGAUAUUCUUCUCUUGAGGCCUUCACCGUUGUCAAUAUUGGUGGAGAAGAAGCGGUUCCUUAUGAAAUCGGGGAAUCAAGGAGUUGUGACUGAUUUGGAAGAAAAGUUCGAAGAGGGAACUGCUUUGUCUGUCAAACCUUCGCCUUCAGCAGAGCAGUUGAUUCAUGUGGCUAUUACGAGCAUCGCUUCUGACGCAGUAAUGUUGAAGGACAAAAAGCUGUGGAAGUACGCUAGGCAUUCCCCACUCUCGUCGUCUUCUGGCAGAAGCUCCGUUUGGCAGGACCCGCUUAUCACUACGCUUUCGAUGGAUGCUAGCUUGCGCGUGCUAACAAUUGAUGUUUAUCAAGACACUCUAGCGGAGAUUUUCGUGUUCUUUUUCCAGCACAGUAAGGAAGAAGGAGGAGUUCAGGAGCAGACACUACCGCCGCCUCCUCGGUCAUUACGAAGCAUCAGUGAAGGAAGUACAGCUAGCAGGAAUAGACUGGCUACCGACACGGAAGAGCAGUCUGUAUUCUCUUCGGUGGAUACCGAGAUUAACGAAGGUUCCCUCUCCAAAAAAAUAGGCGUGUGGGUGGCAUCUUCGUUCUUAGACAAUCAGCCACUUCCCGGCCUUGAUAAGGAACAAGAACAAGAGACCGUCAAAAAAGAUGGCUGUGAUGAUGCUGAGGAACCAGCCUCGAUGCAGUUCCGUCUCCAUGUGGAGGGUUUGUCAUUAUUUCUCCACUUAGAUGAUAAACAAAGACCAGGCGGAAUGCCGUCAGCAUUUGCUAGUCUGACAGCGCAACAGUUUUGCUGCUGCGUGCAUCGGUUUCCACGCUACUUGGGUAUGUUUUCUUCCCUCACCUCAUUGAAGAUUUGUGAUGUGUCGCUACUUGACCAGCAUCUGAGUGAGAUUGUAUCGCAUGGAAUCACAUCCACUGAACCGAACAAAGAUAAACCGUGGAUUAGUCGCAAUGUUGCUUGUGAAUACGACGGAGAUAUUGCGGUGGGUCAUGUUCCGACACUUGGUGAGAUUCUUAACUUGCUUGAUGAUGUCCCUGCAGUGUUCUCAUGCGCUGCGCAGUUUUACGGAACGGACUCUAUACAAAAAGCAUGGCAUCCGGGUUACAGUAGCCGGUGUUCUGUACGUCUUAAAUCACCUCGGAUCCGUUUUCUCUACAGUUUCGUGGACGACAUGCGCAAUUACUGGAUGAAGGGUGUUCUGUUGAAGACAGUGUUUUCCAUCUUGUCUCGAGAGCAGGCUGAUACACUUUGGGAGGGCGAUUUUCAGCAUGCAGAUCUCCAAGCAGAACACCAGGUGGAUGAAAAGAAAUUUGAUGUCGAAGAAGAAGCAUCUUCGAGUAAGCAUUUGAACUCUGAUAUCGUGUCGAUGUUUCCGCUAGUCGAUAUUCGCCUGGAAGAUGCCAUUUUGGAGAUGCCCCCACAUCGGAUGUCAUCGGAAUCCCUUUUGCUCCGGUUUGACACUUUCCGAGCAUCCAACGAAGGCAUCGUUAACAGUUUUGUGGGCAUGGAGAACCGCAUUGUAGCAAAAGUGCUUUUGAACUCUUCAUUGAAGCAGCUGCAACUUGAUAUGAAGGCACUUCGAAUCGUGUCAGUUAUACUCGUGGACCGCAGUGAUGUAGGAAACGGUGGAUUUGUGAAACAAAGCCUGCUAGGGCUUACGAACUAUUCACUGUCCGUGAAUUUCCGCUCGCAUACUGAUCUGAAGUUGAGCAUGAGUUAUAGUCCUGUUCGCUUGGUCUGCAAUCAGGAGCAAUAUGCCUUCGUAUUACGCGUGCCACUUCAGAAUUAUCAUGAACGUACCCGAUACCAUUUUUCGCAAGCGGUUGCAGUACCAGCAAAUGUGGUAGCACGUGUUUCUUCUCACCGUUUCUCCAUAUCUCGUAGUUUCGAUGGGACCUCUUCUUCCGGAAAGACUGUGGUGGACGGUGAGGAGCUAAGCAACGGAGUGAGUGCGUCUGAGGUCCCAGAAGUUACAGAGGAGUGCCAUAUCAUGCUCAACCUCUGUAUCCCUGAAAUCACGUUAGAAAUUUUGCAGAGACAGCACGGAUAUUACCCUUCAAGUAGUGGUGAUCUCGACAUGGCUGAGAAGGGCAAAACGCACGAAGGUUCAAUCUGUGUACUGACUUUCUCUGUGUUAUCAGGGUGUGCUGAUUACAAUCUAGCCAAUGGAAGGCUAACGGCAGACGUUGAUCUAGAGGGUGUUCACAUUCGAGACUCGCGAAUUAACUCAAAGAUGUCGACUUCGUACCGCGACGUCAUCGUGUUUGAGCGGUGCAAAGAAGGAUUGCCGAAAGCAAUUAAUAUUCAGUUCGGGCGCGAAAGUUUCAGCGUGGAUGUCUCGAAGAUAGGUUUUGAUCCAGCCUUCACAACUCGUGAAAAUGGGUUGCAUACUUCUAGGACGCAGUUUCGGAGUGUCUCGUCGAGAGCCUUCGUUGGAUUGUUUGGUUCGGAGCUCUCGCUAAAACGAACAGAUUCUGAAAUGUCUGCCUAUUCGGCUGUGUCUUCAACGGUAUUAAGUGAUAGCAGAGAAAAGAAACCUCCUCCGGUGAUAGGAAUAGAAGGCAAAAUGGAUUUGGUGAUUGAUGUAGCAGGGUUCAAGGUUAUUCCGUCGAACAUCCACUACGACGUUGUUCAGUUUUUGACGAUACCUACUGGUUGGAGUGCAGAAGACAAUAGUUCUGUCACUAGCCAAGACACCGAUGGGAAUGGAACCACAGACCUAGAAGAAACAAUCACCUUACCAACAUAUCGGCGCUUAGGUUUGGAGCUGAAUUUGGGUCCGUCCGCUUUACUGUUGGUGGAGGAUCCUCACAAACUUAAAUCUCGAGCAUUGAUGCUUUCGUGGGAGUCGUCAAUCAUUGUCAAUUAUCUUCGGCAAACGAAUGAAGACGAAUAUCCUGAUGUUGAAGACGUGAUCAAAAAAUCUCCUGCACAUAGCCAAAACCAGUUGCAGCUUUGCGUUGCUCUCGAAAACAUUCACGCUACUUCGCGAUUGUCUGACGAAAGCGUAUGGGCGGCCGAGCAAGCAGCAACAGCGGCGUCUGCCGAUUGCUUGAAACCUAUUGAUAUGGAGACUGUCAUUCAAAUGGAUCUGCGCUCCCGCUUUCUUCGCUUUCGAACAACGUUCAACCGCGUCAUGGAACUCCGCUUCGGCUAUUUGGAUUUUUGCACGAUGCUUGCAGCUAUCGAGCAUGUUUCGCGCAGGUCAUCCACAAAAUCGACUGCUCAGAGGGACCAGAAAGCGCGGUCGAUGUCUGGUUCAUCAAUUUCUUCUCUUUCUGGUGGGGGCGGUGAUAGCGAGUCUUCGUCUUGGAGUGGACGUCGACGCUCUCCAUCAUCUCCGCGCUCGAGCCUCGCGAUAUCCAGCUCGAAGAGAAGUGAGCGACAGCGCACAGCUGCUCUCUAUGGAACUUCUUUGAUUUAUUUGGUAUCAGCAAGUUUUCGUGGACGCUUGGAGACGCGACCAGUGGUUGGAUUUUAUAACUCGACAUGGCGCAAACGAUACCUUGUCUUACCAUACACAACACAGCAACGUCAAUUGGUUCAAAGCGUGGCGUUUCGAAUUUUGCCAGCACCUGAUAGCCGACGGCAAAUUGGCGACGAAAUCUAUUACGGUGAUAGAAUAGUCUUGGAAGCUGUUGUCGAUAUAAAGGAAGACAACGACGAGAAGAUGUCAAAUGACACACUGCUCUCCAACGAGGAAGCAGUCGACCUUGAUGCGGGUAAGGACGCAGAGAGUACGACAAGACAGUCCACUCUAAUUCGGAAGUACGAUCAGCUUGGUGCUAAUGGAUAUCUAGGCCCAGAAGGAUCAGCUGGAGCUUUCGAGACCACAAUUUGGAAGCAUGGAAGCACAAUGUUUAAUUCAGACAAAAGUGUAAUCUACGACCGAGAACUUGUCGUGUUCGAGGAGCUCACAAUCUAUCGUUCGUUCAGUAAAGGUAAAACGUUUGGCGCGGCAAGUGAUGCUGGCCAACAAAUGGAUUUUAACUCUUCUCGAUCAGGACAUCGAGCCGAAGGUGCGCAUACGGUAGACACAACAAGCGCGCGAGGAGGCGGAUAUUUGAUGUUCAACGGUAUUGGGGAUGCGCCAAUUCCAUUUGCACUAUCUAUUGUGUCGAGCCGAAUUACGCCUGGAUCCCCGCAGCGCGAAGAAAAGAGCGUCGCUACUGUGGAUGCUGAUGUAGCCGGUGAAACUGAUUCAAAUGUUGCUCAUUCAAAUCGUGCAGACACUAGUGAGAAGACUCCUACGGUCCAGGGAAGAGAAAGGAGGAAAAAACGCAAGUCGCCAUUUGCGUAUGCCUCGUUCCUUGAGAAUUUGAAGAUAUUGGAACUCACGCUUCCAGGUGUAAAUGCGACGAUUGUGAAUGACUUUCAUAACAUGCUUUUGCCGCUGCUCCAUUUCCGUGUGGCGACAUUACAUGCAGACGUACGGGGAAGGUUGGAACAUAAAUUCACAGUUCUAACUAGUUUGCGUUUUGGAAUUCAAGCUUAUAACUCGCAGCUGGCUGUGUGGGAGCCUGUGCUAGAAGACUUUGAAGUGAACAUGGCGUAUCAUGGAAUGGGUGGUGUAUUGUGCAACUAUUGCAUGUCGGAGAGACAGUCAAUUUCUCCUACGGGCGCUGCACUGCGGUGCGAUGGGAUGCCCCUAUGUCUAUUCCGCUCUUCUCGAACCGAGGUGCUUACAAAUGCUGCCGCGCAUUCGUGGGAAUCCAAAAAUUUCAUUUAUCGUGAGAUAUUGGAACAGCCUGACGUUCAAGAUGGUGCCAAGUUGGCAAACUCGUUCAUGGUUGUGGUGAAAGACGACUUCAAUAUCAACGUUUCACGGAAUGUGAUUAAUGUAUUAGUGCACUUCUUUGCAUUGGUGACGAAAGUAACCGCGUCUGACGAGGCCUUAUCAUCGCGCCUCGGUCCAUUCAUUUAUGUGGACAAUCAAUCAGGAAUUCCGUUUGUCGUCGCGACUCAUCCGUCAUCAUCUGCUGGUGUACCUCCUACAUCAGGGGGAACACCGUCGUAUUCUCGAAGGCCCACGGGCUCGAUUGAAAUGCCUACUGAGGUUCCGGGUGGUGACUCCAACGACGAAAUUAUGAAAGCAGGGACUGCAAUGUUUAAUAGUACUGCUUGGAGUCGUCGCCGGUUAUCAACGAUGCUGAACGACAUUUCAUCCUCCGACACAAACUGGAUCCGAGUCGAGAGUGGGGAGCGAGUUGCGACUGAAAUUGUUGCACACGAAGCACCGGCGGGGUGUGUAACCUCGCCACUGCGUCGUUUGCUGUGGCUGAAACCACAGUCUCAACUACAAGGCACAACUUCUUCAAAAGCAAUUCCUGUACCGAUUGGAUAUUCUAAUCGAAGCUAUCUUCACCUGGAGAGCGGCGGCAAGCAACGCGAUUCAUGGCAUGGGAAAAGCAUUAUUUGCGAGACAGUCGCGGAACAGGGUACACUUGUACUACGACUUCGAGGGAAGGUACAGCUGACGAAUUUUUUCAGCGUUCCGAUUCAAGUUAUCUACGACGAUCAGCGGGAGGAAACAAUUGAACCUGGCGGUAUGGUGGCUCACUAUAUUCCCAUUCAGUAUCUUGAGUCGGGAUCCAUUGCAUUUCGCCCACUACUGUCGAACGGACAGGUCCAGUGUUCGGAUGGCCUAUCAAUUGCAUCGUUGUUGCGCUCAAAUGAUUCCAAAUUUCGCGCUUGGUCAAAUCGCCGGCAGAAUGUUGGCUCACUUGAGCUACGCAAGGCACUGACAUUUUACUGGGAUGUCCACCCAAGCGCAGGAGUAUACCAUGCCGCAAAUUACACAUUUGGUGCGUUACCACCGUUCCAAGUGAUUCUUACCGCACUGCGAAAGUCAGAACGUCACGAGACAACGAUUACCUUACGACCACCUAUUGUUUUGGAGAACCUAGUGCCUUAUGAGCUGUCGUAUCGCACCGUUUGCAUGAAGUCAGAAGCUGAAGUUGUAUGGGUAGCAAAAAAUACAGCUUCCUUUUCGGGUACAAACGGAAAGGUGCCGUCUGGAAGCUCUGCUGGUGUUGCAGAAGUGGAUAUAUUGGAGCGAGAUAUGGACAACGGAGAGAUUGUGCAGACACCAACAGUAGUUGGAUUGAGCCUUGCAUUACCUCAGAUCGAAUUGCAGAGAUUUUCACGUUGGUCGAGGGACACGUUCGUUUACGGCUGUCAAUCAUUUUGUGAGCGAAUUGAAUUGAAUAUGCGCGAUGACAGCGAGUUGGAAGCUUCUACACCUGCAAACAAGCUAACUAUUUGCGUCGAGAUCACACAAUUAGAAAAACUGCGGUCACGAUCGCUGAAUAAGCUUUGCCCGGUCGUCUGCCGAGUGUUCACGGAAUACUGGCUGAUCGACCGAACGUCGCUCUCACUUGCUUUCUAUACUGCAGAUGAUUAUCUUAUUCCGUCCAAUCAUCCAAGCCGACUGUAUGAUGAUAAAGGUGAUGCUGACGAUGAAUCUUCUGCUGUAUCGCUCUCGGUGUUCUCGUGCGAGAGCAAGCAAGUCGUUUCAAAAAUGAAAAUUGGCAUCAGGGGCGACGCCGGUGAACGUGAAGUGCAAUCCGAGCUCUUUGAUAUUAGUGCUGUAGGGGUGCGUGGUCAAAUUCUUGUGCCAACCAAUCGAUCUCGCGAUGCCCGGUCUCUGCUUUCUACGAUUACAGAGUUUGGAGCUUCACCAGAUGGGCAGACAUCGAAUUUUAAGCAGUAUGAGUUUGGUGUGAUGAUCGAGCAAGGCCCAGAGAGGUUUUCGCGAUCACGUGUUGUGACACUGGUUCCGCGGUACUAUUUUGUUAAUACUUCCACCAGGUUUGAUAUUCAUGUUCGACAGGAGCGCUUAACGGACCAGAACGCGGUAAUUGUGCUUCAACCAAAAGAGACCAAGAUCUUUCAUUGGAGUGAUUCACGAUUGCCACUGCGGGUCCAAAUUUGUUUUGUGCUACCUGACAAGCGCCAUGACGCACACAACACUGUCUCGUAUGUCAACUCGUCGCAAUGGAGUGCGCCGUUUGAACUUUCAUCGGUGGGUAAUUUUGUGCUGCGCGUGAAGCCGAAAGUCCGACCUGCGCCGCCGUGUUUUCCUGGCUGUUCAGAGGGAGGGGCCUUUAGGUACAAAAAAGUUGAGGAAGCCGAAGAUGGAAGUAUGUUCUUUGAUGAGGAAGAUGAGAAUAGUGACGCAGAUCGGAUGCUCACUGAGGGAAUUCAGCUGAAUGUGGCGGUUGAACUCCAUGAUCCUACUUUUUUGGUAUAUUUGGAGGAGGGCAGUCCUUCGGUUCACUUCUCUCCACCCUCAUCGUAUGUAUACGAAGAGAAGGAUCGAGAACAUAGCCUGACUGCCAAACAAAAAGAAAAUGAAGGCUUUGUGCCAUUCAAAAUCAAGAACGAGUGCAGCAACUUGGCGCUGAUUGUGUGGCAAAAAACGCUUGUAAAAGACGAUAAGGGGAACAUAAUGGUCGGAUUUGAGGGCGGGGAGCCCGUGCUUCCGUUCCAUUCGGCGGACUAUGUGCCAUUCCGCUUCUCCGCGUUUCCUACUGUGUUUGUGCAGGUACAGAAAGUGGCAGGAUUGGGUAUUGGAGCAUUGCGGAAAGAGCACCUGUUACGUGGUCGGCACUCUGAUAAGGUAAAUUCGAAGUCCUUAGGGUGCAGAGGAGCGUUCAAUGACCCAACAGUCACCGCUCUUUCUCGAGCAGCAACCGUGGGCCAAGCCCAAGUAGUCGCAAGUUUCGAGGUGCAACUGAAAAAGCUCCAAUGUCUACCGACGAUUGACGUAUCUGAGGGUAUAACAAAAAAACGCUUGUGGGCUGAAGUCUUGCUGGACGAAACGACAAAAACCUUACUCGUAACAGACAUGCUACCUGGCUUCUCUGGUGAGCAUAAACGACGACGACGAGCAACUCUUCUACGAAGUUGGAAACGCUACAAUACAUCAAUCAUCUUUAUUUCGCAUGUACUUUCGGCGCACACAGCUCGAUUGGCGGAUGGAUCCGAUGAAGACACGGUCGAGGAGACACUUGCGAAGAAAAAGCGUGUACGUUUUGCGGCAGACGUCACAACAGUGAAGGAAAAGCUCCAUGUGAGCGAAGAUGGGGCUCAAACAAUACCGAAAGAUAGUGACGAAGCUGAUACUAUCACGUCAACAAUUGCAGAAGAAAAAGAGGUGGAAGCACUUGCAGUCUGUGUUCGGCUUGUUGAUGCUACGCAUUUAGAAGAAGUGUUCCUCCAAGCUGGACGAAGUGACUUGACAUCAUGUCAGCCGUUCAUUACAUUUUCAUUGAAGACCGUAGAGGAAGAAGCUCGGACAAAACUUACUCCUCAAGCUACGACAAUGUUCCCACGCUGGCUUCCUACACCUAACUCGAGGGCGGUAUUGAGUGCUUUGAUUCCAAGUAAUGAUGACGAGGAGCAAAAAGAGACAUCCAAUUACGAUUUCGGCAUUGGCGCAGAGAUAAUAGUGGAAAUCCGAGAAGCAGAUAAAAUCCUCUUUGGCUCUUCGGUCAUUGCAACUGCACGCAUUCCUUUACAGGAGUAUUGUGCUGCUGCUAUGAUCUCAGCUAGAAGCGAUUCGAAUUACGAGUCGCCAGUGGUGGAGUUUCUUGCACCUGUGUAUGUGGCUCGAAACAAUGGACCUGCCUGCUCUCGCUCGUUGGAAAAUGAAACGCGAAUCCGCUUUCAAAUUUGCUGCCAACGAAUGUUCUUGACUCGAUAUGCUCUAGCUGCAUCUGGUGGAGAAGGCAGGGACAACCUUGACAUAAUGAAGGAGUUACAGGAUAGGCUGUCCGCAUACCAGUUGAAGAGGGAAUUGGACGUGCUGAUGAGUUCCAAGUCACAGCUAAAACUUUUGCUUGAACACGAAGCAGUGGAUACUUCAACAAGUGGCACCAAUAUUCCAGCAGCGUUGAGGCCAAUGUCAGAUUACUCGCUAGUGGAGAGAAAAAAGUCGAAUCUUACAGAUUUUGUUGCUCGCUCCGCUGGUGCAAGCGGUGAUUCUACAGGGGUUCGCAGUCGAAGUGCUAACUCGGUUCAAGGUGCACCUGUCUCUGCGACCACGGAUGAAUCUACGAGCGACGACACGUAUGAUGAGAUGGGCGAUGAAAAACGGUUGACUGCAGUCCUUAUCGGUGUAUCAAGUCUCCAAAUUCCCACCGAGGUUAUUCGGAAUAACUUUAAGCAUACGCAUGGAUCAAUUAGGCAUCUAGAGCCUAAGGUAUAUUGUACCAUUACGUACCAAGAGUCAACACGCUCGGCUCUGUCAGCGGUUGCUAAGUCUUCGGGCACAGUAUCAACGGAGCAGAUCAGGUCUGAUGAAAGUGGAUCAACGUCACCUAGAAGAGCAUCAAUGACAGACUCACAAGGUAACCAUGCCCACCUGCAGCAAGUUCGCACGCAUGAGUUCCCGCGAGGCCAAAUAUUGGGACUUGAUCUCGUCUAUCGAAACGGUCGUGUGCUCGUUCAAGGCGUAGUAUGUGACGGACCUUGCGGAACUCUUGUUUACGAAGGUAAGAUCCGUAUUGGUGACACGGUGGUCGCAGCUAACCACAAAUCGAUUGUAAAUCUCCAUCGUGACGCAUCAUUCGCGGUGAUUGAGAAGGCUAUGCAUUGGGGAGAGGGUGCUGGAGCUCAAACUCACGAACAAAGGUUAGCGUCAACGUUUACAUUAUCGUUUUUGUAUCAGCCUCCUCAGACAGAGUGCAUGACAUUUAGCAACAUGGGACCUCCUUGUGCACAAGCAACGGAUGAAGAAACUGGUGUCCGGAAGUAUGAUGCUGAGUGGAAUCGACGGGUGGAAUUUGCUGAAACAGCCAACACUCGACUAGCUGCAGGAUCUGGCGAUGAACAGGUGCACGUGCGCGUAUACUUGCGCAACGAGACAUCAGAUCAUGGUCUUUCAGCUUCACAGGAGUCAAGUAUUGUGCCAUUCUUGUAUUUCUUCGGUGACGAUGCUAUGAUGGAUCAUCUUGAUCAUAGCAAGCAGGACUCGCGUUUCGACGUGCUUUUAGCGGAGUGCUGGGUACCGUUACCACCAUCUUCUCUUUCUGACGCAGGACAUCUUAUGUCAAUGGAUGGAAACCCGAUGGCAGAACCGUCCGCGCUCACGUUUAAUGAACGAAUUUGUGCGCUGUACUUGCCACAACAACGCUCGCGCCGACACUCGGCCCUAGAAAUAAUUGGUCAACUGCGGCUAGCGUUGAAGUGGGAUUUUAUAAACCCGCUCCGGGCAGCUCACCAACAAGGGGAUCUAAGUCUUCAUUUCCAGCUAGAAAUGGCGCGUCUCUGCAUUUCAGUCGUUGAUGAUGGCGCAUGGAGUGCGGUGGCUUUAGCAACUGGUCCGCAACAGCCAGAAGAGGUGCUCUGUAUUUCUUUGUCCGACCAAAACGCGUCAGCAGGUAUUCAAUUGAGCUACGGACAGAUUUCGGACGGAAAGAAAGUGAUUAAUGCCCGAGUUGGGCACUUCCAGAUCGACAAUCAACUUCUAGACACGAACUAUCCUGUGUUACUUCGUCCAAUGCGCCUACUAGAUGCGCAAAUGCAAGAAGAAGGCUACACGCUGGCGCCUGAUAAAGGAGGAAAGAUCGAUACUGUAGCAGAUAGCCUGAUGUUGUUGCCGACACUUCAGCUGAUGACAGUCUUAAGCCGUCAGCAGAAUGUGGUCCAAUUCGACUAUAUUUUUGGUCAACUUCAAGAGUUGGAAAUUAAGCUAGAGGACGCGACGCUUGUCGCCUUGGCUCAUGUAUUCUCUGGAGUGGAAUGGUCACAUACUGCACAAAACGCACAAUCGAGCAAGCUAAAGAAGCGUUCUGGCGAUGAAUUUGGCUCUAACUUGGCGCUGAAGCUGUUGGAGAUUGAGUGGUCGACGCCCAACUUGCUAUCCACUGCUGCAGGCGGGCGCUUAGGCAGUUCAAGAAGUAGUGGAGGAGCAAACAUGAAGGUGCUUUUGCGAUGGCUUUUGUUGUGCCCUGUCAAAGUCAAUGUGACAUUUACAAGCACUGCAGAUCGGUCACUCCUGCUCUCGCUGCUGUCGCCGGACAUGUCGCCGGUUCUGAGUACACUGAUCAGUGCAGCAGCGACGCUCGUUUCAAAUCUGGACCAGGCACCCAUCCGGAUACCAGAGUUUUACGUUGAAAAUUUGCUGGAGACAACACACACGCUGGUAUUCUAUGCCAUGCAGCACUAUAUACACCAUGGUUUACGCAGUUGGUACAGUAUCAUGGGCUCUGUGGACUUUUUGGGAAAUCCCAUUGGCCUUGUAAGCACUCUGGGAACCGGUGUAAAGGACUUCUUCUACACGCCAGCGCAAAUGUUACUGGAGGACGAGAACGGCCUCAGAAUUGAUAAUUUACGAACUGGCAUGACAAAAGGCUCGAAGAGCUUACUGCGAAACACGGCUGUAGGCAUUUUCCACACGACUGGUAAAAUCACUGAGACGCUUGGAAAGGGUAUUGCCUUGUUGGCAAUGGAUGAGCAGUACAACGUUCAGCGACAGCGUGCGUCAACGCGACAGAUCAAAAAAAUCAACGACCUUGGCGAUGCAAUCGCAGAAGGCAGUAAAGGGUUGGUCGGCGGUAUUUGGGACGGAAUCAAAGGUGUUGUCGCUGCACCUGUGCGUGGUGCAGAACAAGACGGCGCAGGUGGAUUUGUGGUAGGUAUCGGGAAGGGUGUCGCGGGUUUAAUCGUGAAACCUACAGCCGGCUUCUUGGACUUGCUUACCAGUCUUUCACGAGGAGCCAAAACAAGCGCAGAGUCGUUGGAUGGCACCGAUCGCAAUGCGUUUGACUCCGUCACACGCUUCCGACUACCACGUCGUAUCUGCUCGGAUGGUGUCCUUGUGUCAUAUUCCGAACGAGAGGCCCGGGGAUAUGCAGUAUUAUUGCUGACAUCGUUGGAUGCUACGGAUGAUUAUGUGUAUCAUGUAGAUUACGGUAUCGAGCCACACCGUGGUCUCCUGCUGCUCACAGACAAGCGGCUCAUUUGUCUGAGCGGCAAGACAGGACAAAAAUUAUGGGAGGUUGCGCUUGAUUCGACGCUUGAGAUCGUUGUCGAAGACGCUACGCUCAAGAUCGGCCAGACCGCGUCUCCAUUUCGGUCAUACAGCAUUGAAUGCGACAGUGACGUAGCAGCGACUAAUUUUCGAGUAGCCGUAGACUCAGCACGAGUAGAUGUAUCAGCAACUCGGUAUUUGCUCUUGAAUCUAGAGAAGAGCCAGGAGGAGUCUCGGAUUAUUGAUGGCGGGCGUUUCGGUAACAGAGCUACAGGACUGUUCAACAAUGAGGAGGACCGCACUGACCUGCAUUUGCUCAUGGAAAACGUUCAAGAUACUACAGUUGCUGGAAUCUCGAAUGAUGACCUUCGAUCGCAGCCUCUACGCUCUGUACGUGUUGAAGUGUGUCAUCUGCAGAACAAGGACGCCCAUGCCAACGUUCCAAACCGUGCAAUCGAUAAAUUGUUGUCGUUCAGUGUGUUUCAAAUUCAAGUGUAUGGAGGACCUUAUCAAUGGACAGUGUUCCGUCGGUUUAGUGAGUUCCGGGAGCUAUGCGCAGCUCUGGAGGGUGCAGGGUGUGUGUUAGAUGGUCUUCCCCCAUUACCACCGCGAACUUUCCUUCCAAGCACAAGAGCUCCAGUAGCAAAACAUCGACAGGAAGCGCUGAACAUGUUUUUACAAGCGGCUAUCAUGCAUUCCGCCAUCAGCCGCUGUACAGCUAUGCUUGACUUUCUCACGCACGGAGCUCGCGAAGUUCGUGUGAGUUUGCCGCCUCUGUCACCUACUGGUGAAAAGGAAGCGUCUCAACGUGCUGGAGACUCGCCAUGA